CGUCCAUAGACUGUGAUGUUGCGUUCAACCUGGCAAUCAACAGCUCAAAAAAGACAGUUUGUCCCAGUUUAUAAAAGUCGAUAUUGUGACAGUAGUAUGACUAACUGACCUGACAAUCUCAAGUAACAGAUUAAAAUGGCAAUCACUUAGCACAUUGCUUUUUCUGAAGGGGUUGUUACAAGACCCACAUGGUUUCAUGGUGACUUGGUUUUGACCUAAAAGAAGAAUUAUGUCCUGCCCAUGCAACUUGGCUUCUAGGUUGCUGCUAAACACUGCCCACAGAGGAUUGUCCUGCUCCCGGAUUCAGUUCUUCUCUUUGAGUUGUCAGGGGUCUUGGGAAACUCCCUUGCCUACUCAGAUUCAGGUGAGGUCAUUUUCAGAGACUGUUGCUUGUCAUAUCUCUGGAGACAGGACAACAAAGGGCAGUGAAAGUGACAGAAAGAAAAUCAUCAGUGAGGGGAAGAGGGUCUGUGGCUCUGGAGGAUCAGGCAAAGGAGGAAGUCAGCUUUGCUGCCCUAAAUGUGGAGAUCCAUGUACCCUGGUGUCAACACGAUUUGUUAAAUGUGAGAAAUGCUAUCAGAUUUUUGAGGUUCUGUCUGAAACUGACUCAAUGAAGGGGCUAAACCAAGAGCUAGAAUUUGCUGUGGAGACAGUAAAGCUAGCAUUUGCACAGAAACAUCCCCCUCCCCCAAAGAAGAUAUAUGCUUAUCUUGACAAGCAUGUUGUUGGCCAGUCCUAUGCAAAAAAGGUGUUAGCAGUUGCAGUAUAUAAUCAUUACAAGCGCAUCUACAACAACAUUCCUGCUGGAAGUCGUCGGCAGGUUGAGACGGAAAAACAGUCUUCUUUUACACCUCAUGUGCUGCUGCAGACUGCAGGGAUCGGUCCUCAUGAAAAUGCUUUGGGUGUGUCCAUGCAGCCUCAGGCAAAUCAGCAGACACCUCAGGAGAAGAGGGGCAGCAAGAUCCUGGACUCCACGUAUACUGAAAUUAAACUGGAGAAGAGCAACAUCAUACUUCUUGGACCAACUGGUUCAGGAAAAACAUUGUUAGCACAGACACUGGCUCAUUGUCUGGACGUUCCCUUUGCAAUUUGUGAUUGCACUGCACUAACUCAAGCCGGAUAUGUGGGGGAAGACAUAGAGUCAGUGAUUGCUAAACUGCUGCAAGAUGCCAACUACUCUGUGGAGAAAGCACAGCGCGGUAUUGUUUUUUUGGAUGAGGUUGAUAAGAUUGGCAGUGUACCUGGAAUCCAUCAGCUCAGAGAUGUGGGAGGAGAAGGAGUUCAGCAGGGUUUACUUAAACUUUUGGAGGGAACAAUUAUCAAUGUUCCUGAGAAAAACUCCAGAAAACUUAGAGGAGAAAUGAUGCAGGUUGACACAACAAACAUCUUAUUUGUUGCAUCAGGAGCCUUCAAUGGACUUAAUAGAAUCAUCGGCAGAAGAAUGAAUGAAAAAUAUUUAGAAUUUGGAACUUCUUCGAACCUGGGCAAAGGGCAUCAUGCAGUGGCAGCAGCACACAUGGCUUACACCAGCAGUGAGACAGACACAGUGGCAGAGAUCAAGGAGAAGGACAGACUGCUGAAGCAUGUUGAGGCUCGAGACCUAAUAGAGUUUGGAAUGAUCCCAGAGUUUGUUGGCCGUCUUCCUAUGGUUGUUCCUCUACAAAGCCUGGAUGAAGAAACAUUAGUCCAAAUUCUGACUAAACCAUGUAAUGCUGUGGUGCUCCAGUACCAGGCUCUUUUCAACAUGGACAAUUGUGAUCUCUACGUGACUCAGGAUGCUUUGAAAGCCAUAGCCAGAAAGGCACUCGAGACAAAAACGGGAGCACGUGGGCUCCGAUCCAUCAUGGAAAAGCUCCUCCUUGAACCCAUGUUUGAGGUGCCACAUUCUGGCAUCAUAGCUGUCGAGCUGAACAAAGAUGUUGUCCAUGGAGAAUCCAGACCCAGAUAUAUGAGAGCUCCAGCCAAGUCAGCAGAAGAGGAAUAUGACUUGGGAAUUGAGGAGACUUGGCCUCAACAGGUGGAUGCUGCUAAUAGUUGAACCACAGGGCAAUUAUUUAGCUAAAGCUAAUAUUGCCUGAAAUCAUUAGAUACCAACAUAAAGCUCCCAACCAGGCAUUGUGUACAAUUAAUAAAGGUUGCUAACUGGUUCUCACUUGGUUUUGCUAUUUUAUUCAUGAAAACAUUUUGU